GAUGCCCCCCAGCCUGGCCAGCGUGAGCAGGGCCGUAUCGGCACCGGGCGCCACGGAGGUCCGAAGCAGCAGCUCGGAGACGAGAGAGAAUGAAAGAGAGGAGGAGGCGACACUCAGUCUGAGGAUUUAAUCUCACAAAAUCAGAGCAAUUUCAUACAGGCCCCACAGGGCACACCCACAUGUACCCAGCAGGCAUGACCGUUGUGCUGGCGCUCAGCGUGAUGCUGCAGCUGCUGGUGCUGCCUGGAGCCGUCGGCAUACCUGCGAGACCUCCCCCGUUCAGGGCACUUCGGACUUUGCCGGACGCACCGGAGAGGGGCACGCGGCCAAAGCCGGAAGUGAGAAGGUCAGCGGACACGGAGGGCGCGCGCAGAGCAGGCGUCGAGUCCGUCCAGCCGACACACCUGCGGGACAGCGAGGAACAAACGCGCAGGUUCCUCGGCCGUGCGAAGCGGGCGCCCCAGCAGGGCUGCGUCCUCGGAACCUGCCAGAUACACAACCUGGCCAACACGCUCUAUCAAAUAGGCAAGGGCACCGGCAAGGACGAGUCGCACAGGGCCAGCGACCCUCACGGCUACGGCAGAUGAGGGGUGGCGUGGCAGCGGAGGGGGGGGGGGGGGGCAUCACAGCGCACAAGUGUACUACAGACACACGUUUAUUUAAAGUAUUUAUUUUAAGGCUGAAGAACAACUGUUGCACACCGGUGGUGUAACGAGACGAGAGGUCGGGUAUCGGGUGGGCAAAAAUAUUAUCGGUAUUACUCGAUGGAGCCAUACACUAAUAUUGGGGGGGGGUUCAUUAGACCUAUAUGAAAAGUGCCUGCUACAUGAAUACAUGUAAAUGUAUCAGCUUUUCCUCGCUUUCAGAUUUUGUGUGUGUGUGUGUGUGUGUGUGUGUGUGUGUGUGUGUGUGAGGGGGGGCCUCAGUCAGUCAUGUAUCUGCAUAAGGAAUGUGCAGCGUGUACAUAUUUCACCUGUGUUGUAUACCAAUGUUAUUUUGUAUAUAGAGAUGUCCCAUGUGUGGCUACUGGAAUUAAAGGUAUUUUAAAUAAUAAAAAUACUCAUUCACAUCUCGUGUGUCAUUUCUGUUGCCACACACGCGUCGACAUCGGAUGGAGCA